CAUACUCUCUCACACACACAUUCUCUCUCUACACACUUUCUCCAUCUCACACUCUCUACGUACACACUUACUGUCUGCUAAAUAACAGUGUCAGGAAUAUCAUCUAUCAUGGUGGGCUACUGUCCCAUCUGUGGGAAACCCGUCUACUUUGGUGAGAAGAAGAGGUCAUUGGGGCGGGACUACCACCCUCUGUGUCUGAAGUGUCAACAGUGUCAAAGACAGUUGACCCCGGGACAACAUGCUGAGCAUGAUGAGAAACCCUACUGCACGAACUGUUACAUGAAGACGUUUGGUCCCAGAGCAGGUAACAGGAGACUGAUGUCAAACUGUCACAGCUCAGCCUCCUCCUCCUAGGAACCAAUCUAACGAACCAAAAACCAACCAAAAUACAACCUAAUGAGAACUAACAGGCUAUCAACAAGGAUCUAUAUUCAACAAAACUGACAUUCAGCCAUCAAGCCAACGACCAUCCAACUAGACCCAACA